UUUCCUUAUUGUAAAAAAACUGACCUACAUAUGUAACAGGACUGAUUAAACAAAGUAAGCUAGGUCCUAAGUUAGUCCUGUGUAAACACAUUACAUAAUACGGUUUUAUGACUGGCUAUUCAUAAGGUGUUGUGCUUGCCAUACUACAGCUUUUCUUCAUUCAUUUAUCAUUAUAUUUCUUUAUAUUUAUGAAUAUAAUACAUUAUAUUUAUGUGCUUUUGAUUGUGACAUACAGAUUUAUUAAUAACAAGUUAUGAAUGAAGCUUUAAAAAGCACUACAGUAAUACCAUAACAAACAGUAAGAUUUCUAUAUAUGCCAUAUAACACUGUUAUUAUAAUUUAUAAUACGUUCACCACUGUCUUAAAGUCACACACACAAUCCGCGCAGUGACCGCUGGGAUAGCAUCCAGCUUAUCCUUUCUAAGGAUAAGCGCCUUAGAAAAUGUGUGUGUAUGUGUGUGUGUGUGUGUGUGUGUGUCUUAAUGUGUGUAUCUUAAUUUACUAUAAGAUUCCUGUAGUAUUGAUAUUUCUUUUUCUCAAGAGAAAAAAUAAUUAGCAGUCAAAAACUGUCACGACGUCAUGAAGCUCCUGUGUUUACAGUCUAUGUGUGGAAUAUAUAUGGAUAUUAUAUAUUAUUUCUUCACCUCUGGUAAAACUCGAAGUGCUUCGUUCUCUGUGUAACUGGCGACUCUUUGCACCUUGUUCACUUCAGAAGAAGACCGAGUUUCCUCAAAUGUCGAACGAAGUUUGUUUUUAUUUUCUGUUUUUACAGUUUAACAUUAAAAAUGACGUUUUUCCCCUCACGGCAACAGCAGCAGCAGCAGCAGUCACGAAACCAUAAGCACUUAACAUCACGUUUCGUAGCCACGCCCACGAAUACGUUUAACCAAUCAGCGACAGCCUCCGACAGGACUGGUUCACCGAGAUCAAGAACAGCUGAAAAAUGAGAUUUCUCAGUUAUCCAGAUAAGUGAAGCCCGAAUGAGACGCCAGUCUAAUAAGAGAAAAAGGGGAACUCCACCAGUCUUUUAAAAUUUCCACAGUGGUGAUGAUAGGAACCAGACGUCUGAAGAGUUCAAAGUCUCUAAAAGCUCCCUCACAGAAAAUUAUUACACAAAAUGGUUAUGAAUACUCUGGUGUCUGAGACAUUGUUUUACAAUAGUUUUGUGAUAAAGUUUUGGCCUAAAAAGUCUUAAUACAUUUAUUUGAAUCCAUUUAAGGUGGGAUACAUGCAGUUCGUUGUAAAGCAGAAUAGUCCCCAAACAAAACAUAUUUUUUCAGAUUUUCCACUAUUCUACCAUUGUAAACAUUACAUAUAAAACUCAGAAGACACGUAGGUUCACUGGUGGUUUUGGAUAGUAAAUAAAAUGGCUAUAUUUGUGUUGUAGACAUGGUGACCCCUGGUUCCUAUCACCACCCUUGUAAAGAAAUCAGAGUCUGCAAGUUUCUCUACAAUGAACCAUUUCACAUCAAACCACUCUGAAUGAAUCUGUUUACAUCUUAAAUUAUACAAAAUUUGAAAAAUCGGUGGAAUUCCCCUUUACGUUCUCCAGCUGUUCUAAGACGUCCUGCUUUGUGAAGCAGAGGUGGGUAAAUCUAUUUUCAAAUAAAAUGAUUACUUCUGUGAAAAUAAUGACUCAAAAGGAUUACAAAAAAAACAACAACCUGAGUAGACAUACAUAAGUAGCAGGCCCAAAACGUUACAAUUCAGUAACUUGUACUUCCUAGUACAGUGCUGUAAAAAGUAUUUACCCCAGUUUCUUCUAUUUUUGCUAAUUUGUCAGAUUUAAAUGUUUCAGAUCAUCCAACUCAUUUCAAUAUAAGAUAAAGACAACACAGGUAAACACAAAAUGCAGCUUUUAAAUUAGCAUUCUAUUUAUUGAAGAUAAAGAUUUAUUUAAAACCUUUAUCACUCAUAUGAAAAAGUAAUUGUCCCCUAAUCCGAAUAACUGAUUGCGCCUCCCUUGGCAGUAACAACUGCAGUCAAAUGUUUGCGAUAACUUGUCUUUUACAUCACUGCAGAGCAAUUCUGGCCCACUCUUCUUUACAGAAUUGUUUAAUUCCAGCUACAUUGGAGGGUUUUCAAGCAUGAACUGCCCGUUUAAGGUCUUGCCACAGCAUCUCAAUGGGAUUCAAGUUAGGACUUUAAAUCGGCCACUCCAAAACCUUAAUUUUGUUUCUUUUGAGCCAUUCAGAGUUCUUUAAAAUGUUCUUCUGGGUUGUUUUGUGACCUCCUGGAAGAGUCGUUAAUGCGCUCUUGAGGAAUUUUUUUUAGGCCAGCCACUCCUGGCAUUUCGAUCUAUGAGAUUUGCAAAUCAUUGCAUUCUGUUUGUAUUUACAUUUAUUUACAUUUUACAGUGUCCCAAUUUUUUUCGCACUGGGGUUGUAUAAAGUGCACCUAUAUGGUAAGUGGAGCUAAUAAAAUGGACAAUGAGAGUAGAAACAAGGAGGUGGUUUUAAUGAAGUGGCUAUUCAGUAUAUGUUUCUAUUGGUAGAAGAAGCAGACGUAGCUGCUAUCAGACAGCCCUACCAAAAAAAGAGAUGAAUUUGCAUCUUCAACUCUCACAAUUAACACACCUACACAAUCAUGCCAUGGGCCAUCCACAGCCUCACCUUCCUCCACCACAGCCAUUCACACCUGUGACCAUCAGCAACCAAUGUCUGCAAUGGAUGCCUCUCACCCACCAUCCACAGCUGGAAUGUCCAGUGAUGAUACAUUCACCGCUAAUCAGGUGAAGAUUGAACUUGAAAAACUCAAGCAGAGCAAAGCAGCGGGACCUGAUCGCACUGAACCUAGUGUGCGAAACUGUGUGCGGAGCAGCUGUGUGGAGUUCUUCAGCACUUCAGCAUCUUCAAUCUGAGCUGCAGCCUGAAGAGAGUCCCAAUUAUGUGGAAAACAUCUUGUGUGGGUGUCCCCAAGAAAAGGCAACCGACAGCACUGAAUGAUUAUCGACCGGUGGCACUGACAUCCCACUUAAUGAAGACACUUGAAAAGCUGAUGCUAGCUCAUCUGAGACCUCUGGUCAGAACAGCUCUCGACCCUCUGCAGUUUGCAUACCAGGAUGCCAUUGGAGUGGAUGAUGCAGUUAUCUACCUGCUGGACAGAACAUACUCUCACCUGGACACAUCAGGCAGCACUGUGAGGAUCACGUUCUUCGAUUUCUCCAGUGCAUUCAACACCAUACAGUCCGUGCUGUUAGGGGAGAAGCUACGGCUGAUGCAGGUGGAUGAAUCUGUCAUCUCAAUGGACUAUCUGACUGGACGACCCCAGUAUGUGGGACUGCAGGGCUGUGUCUCAGACAUGGCUGUGUGCAGUGUUGGGGCACCCCAGGGGGGCUGUGUUAGCUCCAUUCCUGUUCAACCUGUACACCUCUGACUUCAGGUACAUCACAGAGUCAUGUCAUCUGCAGAAAUUCUCGGAUGACAUGGCCAUUGUGGGGUGCAUGAGAAAUGGACAGGAGGAGGAAUACAGGAAGCUGGUGAAGGCCUUUGUUGACUGGUGUAAGCUGAACCAACUGCAGCUAAACAUCAGUAAGACUAAGGAGAUGGUGCUGGACUUUAGGAAGUCCAAACCUGCCUUGUCACCAGUCACCACUGAUGGAGUUGAUGUGGAGGGGGUUGGGACCUACAGAUAUCUAGGUGUGCACUUGGACAAUAAGCUGGACUGGAGCUGUAACACUCUCACAGUGUACAAGAGAGGCCAAAGCCGUCUCUACUUCCUGAGGAGACUGAGGACUUUUGGUGUGUGCACUAAGCUCCUAUGGACAUUCUACCAGUCUGUUACAGCGAGUGCUUUAUUCUAUGCUGUUGUGUGCUGGGGCAGUAGCAUUAACAAAAGUGCUCUGAACAAAAGAAACAAACUUAUUAGGAAGGCUGGCUCUGUUGUAGGAGUCAAGCUGGACUCUUUGGAGGUUGUGGCAGAACAGAGGAUGCUCAACAAGCUGUUAGCCAUAUUGGAUAACACCUCACACCCUCUGCAUGCUACACUGGAUAAACAGAGAAGCACAUUCAGAGGCAGACUAUUACAGCUGCGCUGUGUUAAAGAGCGCCGUGUGAGAUCUUUCUUACGCACUGCUAUACGGCUCUACAACGUGUCUUCUUACUGCAGAGAUAGUACUGACAUCCUGCAGUCUGAACCACAUCACUGUAUCUCCUCGCCAAUUAAUACACACUGUGCAAUAUAUUAUAACUGCUACUGUAAUGAUACUUUCACUAUGCACUUUACACUGUAAUAUUGAUGCAACUCCAAGUUAGUUAUGUCUAUACUCACUGUGCUUUUAGUUUACCUCAUACCACUUAGUGCCUGCUUUCAUGUAAAUACAACAAAUCUGUCUCAUACGCCAUGUAAAUAUGCAAAUAGAUAUACUUUUAUUUUAUUUCUCUUGUACUUUAACUUACGUCUAGUUUAUUUCAAUUUUUUUAUUUUCUGCGUAGUAUAUCUAUCUAUCUAUGUAUCUCUCUGUCUGUCUAUCUAUCUAUCUAAACCUUUGAAGAAGUCCAUAAAUACGGAAGUAAAGGUUUUAAAGGCCAUAUGUCUAGUCCACAACUCUGCAGACAGCUUAUAUAGCACUUCAUUCCUAGAUUGGAAAUUAAAUGUUAAGAUCAGGUUCCCAGAGAGAGAAUUAUGAAAAUGGUUAAUGGUUUGUUAAGGUACAUGUAAACAUGGGAAGCUAUUUUGGCAAAAACGUCGAUGUCAGCCAGUGUGAAUUCAGUAAUAGAUUAUAAUUACAUCACAUGUAUAAAUACAUUAUAAUUACAUCACAGUUGACACUCAAAUAUUUUAUGAAUGAACAGAACAUGCAGCCCAUUGACCUGCCACUAAUCUUUCUUUCUUGGAUGUGUUUUAGAGCUUAAAGCCAAAAUUGAGCUGACACUGCUCUGAAACAAACUGCUCUGGGAGCAGACCCCAAAAGCACCUCUCAAACUUUUCAUUUCUUUUUCAAACUCUAAAACACAUCCUGCCACUCUUAUAAAUUCUGCAGAUUUGUAAGGAUGCUUAAAUGUAUUUUGAAUUCAGUCUCUUUUUUUGAAUGUUAUAAAGUAUGAGGCAGGACUCUGCAUAGCACUCUGUAUAAAAGCUCUUCUUCACUGGGACAUGAUGAAAUCUCUUUGAUGGCCACAGUGUCAAGACUAUAACAUAAUUGUGGCCAUUCAACACCCAGGGGUGUCACUAGAGGUUUAUGGCUAGGGAGGCUAAGCCUGUACUAGGGGGCUCUGGGGGCAUGGUCCUUCAGGAGAAGUGGGGUCAAGUGGCAUGGUCCCCCAGGAGAAUUUUUUUAAUAGCCCCAAAAUGUCUGGUCAACAUGACUUUUAAUGUAGCAAUAGCCAGAAAAAAACAGCCAUUUGGUCGAAUUAGCACACAGUAGAUCUGUCUCUUGAAUUUUCUAGUUAUUAUGACUUAAACACUAUAUCCAUCCACUUACAGCAGGGACAGAUCACGCAAAGGUACUGAAGUCAAGCAAUGCGAUCUACUCUUUCUUAGAUAAGCUAAAUAAGCAAGGCCCUAAAUAUAUUAUUCCAAUACACAGAUUAUAGAUCAGUUCAGUUUCAAUGUAAUCAGCUUUAGACAUGUUUAACAAGCUAUAGGCAUGCUUAAUAAGCUGGGUGACUAAUUUCAUACUCAUAGUAACAAAUAUUUUCUCAGAUAAGUUCAAUUAAAUAUAGUAUUCAUUUUAACCAAAAGCUUAAACCACUCUCCGAUGCUUUCUUCUUGACAACUAACCUGCUCCCUCAGCUCUGUCAGUCUCCAUCAGCAUCUUCCUCUCUCAUUUCCUGUGUUUAGUAAUACAUUUUUUAUUAAUCUCAGAUUAAUAAAAGCAAUCUGUUUUUGUUUCUAAACUGUUAAAAGUCCUCUCAUCUGACUGACUUUUGAUGAAGCUGCCACCUCAAAAUUUCAUAGCCCUUAAUUGAGGAAUUAAGGGCUAAGAAAGUGUUUUAUGAUCAACACUGUGUGACAUUUUCACUGACAUUAAUUUACUUACUGUAAACCCUAAUAUAUGGCAAAUACUGGUGUCACAGUUUCCUACUAACUACCAAGCUAGCUACCAAGCAACUGAGUAAAAACCCAACAGCUAUACUCACCAUAAUUUGCUACAAAUCCAUACUGUAGUUGGGCAUCUUUGUAUAUUUUAUUUAAUAUACUCUGUAUAUUAAAGCAAUAAGCCACGAGAGGCCGUUUAUUACUGCGAUUUUAAGGGUAAGGGUGUUCUUAGAGCUGAACUAAAACUCCCUUCCCUGUGGCCAACAUAAAAUAUGAUAAAAUACACAAAUUUUCAGAAAAUAAUUUGUUAUUUUUAAAAUAACUGACAUAUUCAAGUAUUCCACCAAGAAAUGUAGCUAGUUCCUUUAUAGUAUGAUAUCGUUGCUAAGCAACCAUGGGCCACUGAAUGAAGAGAAGAAAGUUCGGUCACCCAUCGCUGUAUACCGCGGUCAUUUCAUGAAUUUUUUUAACUUUUUAAUCAUAUAACAAUGAACAUACGAUAACACAGCACUGUUUAAUGCAACAACUUUCACUUUAUAAGUACCUUUUGGUCAGCAAAUUACCACUGAGUCUUAUUUAGCAUCUACCCAGCGGCACCCUCUUCUCAUGCUUGGCUAUCUAUUCCCUACAUAAUGGACCAUUAAUUUAAAUUUAAACACUGGAUCCUGCACCCCAACAGUGUAAAAUAUAUCUAAGAAACAGUCAUUUGCGACUCUGCCCCAUUCAUACUCAAUAAAUGAUGCACUAUUUGGCUGUAGAGGCUAGAAUUUCUUUCAUAGGUAGCACACUAUUUAGGGAGUACAGAGCCGUUUGGGAUCCGGUCUGGGUUUGAUGCUACUUCUGACUGAAACAUGAACAUUUAAAGCAUACAAUCCAUUCAAGUGACAUUUUUAGACUUUUAUACUGCUGUUUUACAGUUAAUCACAUGGUAAGCACUUUAAUUCAACCAUGUCAUAUUAAUGAUGGAGUUGUUUAGGCUGUCAGUUACCUUUUAGCCUGUUAGCUAGCUGACCAGCCUAGUUCUAGUUAAGUGCAUAAGUUGCCAGCCCCUCAGUUUAAACAAAAAACAGCUUCAAAGAUUAUUCCAUUAACAACACAAGGGUUUUUUUCAUGCCGUUGCAUAGUAAUAUACAAUUCAGUUGGUGUGAUGCGGUCAUAGGUGUGCGUAUAUCGUGGAUUUUACAACAGCUUCAAACGGCGGCUCAGCCAAUCAGAUUUUAGGACCAGUGUCCUACCCAUCGAGUGGUCCUACUGAGCAUGCGCAUAUCAUUACUAUAGUGUGGUAACUUAAUGUUUCAAAGGUUUUAUUGUGUUUUAAAUGUUAAUCCAGGACACACUAUCAAAAUUAUUCUACCCAUAUAUUAUUCUACCCUAAUCCUAUCAAAUUAUUCUACCUAUAGAUUUCAGGGCUGGUAUUACUGAAUAUUAAGUUACCCUUUAUUAAUCCCACAACAAGGAAAUUUCAAACACCCACAAUACACACUAGUGAAUGCACACACUAGGGGGCAGCAAGCACACUGGCCCAGAGUGGUGGGCACCUUAUACACAGUGUCCGGGGUGCAGUUGGGGAUAAGUGCCUUGCUCAACGGCACUUCAGUUAUGUCUUGUCAGGUCAGGGGAUCGAACUGGCGACUUUAUGGUCACAAGGCUCGGUUCGACAAGGUAGCACAACUGGUCAGAACAUUGGAACGAUCUGUUUUAUAAUACAAAUUUAAUAAUGUCUACAGUUUACUCAACUUCAGCAGUUGCUGGCAGAGUGAGUAAAAGCAGAGACCCUCCCCCAGGUCUGAUAUGACUGGCGUACAACUAACAAGGUCUGAUAUGAUUGGACGAGCUGCAUCCCACUUUUCACGUUAUGUUAAAUCUCUGGCAGCACAAGCAGAGGCAGCGCCUCCUCCAGGUCGCGCCCUGCUAUCAUAGUAUAUUGUGAGACGGUUGAAUAAUAAAUUUGUACUAAUAAUGUACUUUUACUUGGGAAGGAGGCUUUAUAACAUUUAAAUAACAUUCAAUCUAAAACUGGCCUAGUGAUGCCAAUGUCAACACCUCAGUAAAGGAAGCACAGGUGAUGUCAGAAACACCCAUUUGCUGUAUAUCGUUGGGGUCACAGCAGACUUCUAUUAGUAUUCUCUUCUCAAGUUGUUAAAACACCUCAAGGUCUCUCUGGGAACCUGAUCUUAAUGUUUAAUUUCCACUCUAGGAAUGACCUGCUAUAUAAGCUCUCUGGUGAGUUACUCACCAGACUCAUGGCCUGUAAAAUACUCUGGGAUUUGUGGGCUCAUUCAAAGCUUUAUAGAACCAAAUUAAAAGAUAGUCCAGUGAGGGUUUUGGAUGCAAAUUAACACAGUAAUGUUAACUAAGGGUGGGGUUUCAUGUACAAGAAUGGACAUCAGAUGAGGGGUCCUCAAUAGGUUGCUGGUAUUUUGUGUUGCAGAGAAUACCUCUUUCCUAUGGAUUCACUGAUGAGCCUGAAAUACAUUCAGAUUCAAUUCAAAUUUAUUUUCAAUUAAGUCCUUAAAAUCUCAGGCUUUUCACAUACUAAGGCUUAUUAUUAUUAACUACUGGUUCUUCAAUGCAAACUGGCUGAGCUAUUCUUAGGUUAUGGAAGUAUGUAACAAAACUUUGGGCCCACUGAUGGGCCACUGGGGUUAAUCUGCAUUGUGCUUUUUUUCAACCAAGAUGGUCACAAAGCACUAUGUAGGGAUUGGAUCGGAACCCAUAUUAGGGAACUGAGUGGUAGAAACAUAAAGAGAAUGUGAAGAGCUGGAGUUGUUAGAGAGGAGCUGGAAAAGUAUGUUCAUGUUAAUAAAGAAUAUGGGAUCAUGGGAUCAGUUUCUGUUCCUCCUUGGAAAUGCUGUGACAGCGAGAACAGAUCAAUCAUGUAAACAUUUUGAAUGAGGACUGCUAAACUUACAACCCUACAAAACUGCCUUCAUUAAAUUGUACA